AAUUCCUCACAUAUCUGUUUUUGAGAGUACUGUUGCCCUCACUCACCAGCGAAGAACCCGCCAAUCAGCCAACCGGUUCGGCCCAAACCCGGUUGUCGGAAACCCUAGAACCCAAAGACCUCCAUGGCCUCGACCUCCGCUUCUCGAACUCAUGGCGCCACGGGCCGGAUCCGAACCGCCACAGCCACUCUCUACGAGGACAACCAGUCUCUUAUCUCUGAUAUUCGUAGAGCUGUGGGUGCAAUGAAGGAAAUUGCAGUUGAUUUGGAGAGAGAUAAUCAGUUUGAGAGGGUAAAGGAGCUUGAAAAUGCUGUUAUUGAAUUGUUGGGUACUCAUGAAGACUGUUCGCAUUUUUCAUCCACAAUUCAAUCUGUUGGAGAGAAAUACCAACCUGGGCCACAGCUGAUGCGAGUUUAUUAUCUUCGAAGCCAGCUUACUGAUUUUGAUCAGUUGUUCAAGAAUGAGGUUGCAAUGCUCAAGGCUAAUUCAUCUUCAGAUCCACAAAACCAUCCUUUGAUGCGCCAAUUCCGGGAAGCUGUCUGGAAUGUUCAUCAUGCAGGAGAGCCUAUGCCAGGUGAAGAGCAGGAGGACAUUGUAAUGACCAGCAACCAAUGCAAUAUUCUGAAUGUCACCUGCCCAUUAAGUGGAAAGCCUAUCACUGAACUGCAGCAUCCAGUUCGCAGUGUCGUAUGCAAGCAUGUUUAUGACAAAGGGUCAAUCAUGCAUUACUUACGCUCAAAGAACACACGAUGCCCUGUUGCAGCUUGCCCUAAGCUAUUGCAGGCAGAUAAAGUGGUGUGUGAUCCGUUGUUACUCGUCGAAAUUGAUGAAUUGCGUGCAAUGAAGGAACACACUGUCAUGACUGAUGUCAUAGAGGAUUUUACUGAGCUUGAUGAAGAGUGAUCGAUGAUUUCAGGAUUUGGAAAGUCUGCACACAGCCUUUGAGCUGCCUAUUUUGACAUGCUUGUAGUUCCUUGCUAUGUGCCUUCCCUAGAAUGGUGUUGUACAGAGAGUCCGGGUUUUAUGGUUUUGCAUAUGUAGUAGUUGAAAGCAGUUCCGGUAGCGAAUUCGAACCCUCUUCAAGUUCCUUGUAUUCAUAUCUAACGUUGGGGUAAAAAAAAUAAAUAUCGAGAGGCAACUUCACUG